ACUAGUUAUCAACAAAACUUUUGACUACUUAUUUUUCUGGCUUUGGUUCAAUUUAUGAGAAUUGCCUUGUAUACUCGGGUGUGGUGUUCUUCCAAAUUAGAGACUAUACCUUUCAGGGAGUGUAAAAGAUAGACUUGUUCUUUUUUUUUUAUUAGCGUUCAGGGUAUAUUAGAAAUCAGCAUGGUCGUAUUGUAAGUUAUCUAUUUUGUGCCUUUAGUUUUUCUUUCAUUCAUGCGAUAUACGUACAAUUGGAUUCGUCUUAGAUCCCAAAGGAUGGAAGUAACAACCUUCGUCCACUCUUGCCUUGGCAAGUAUGCUGGACAGAUCGCUCAGCGGAUUAGUCGAAGUUAGCCUCAACACCUAUGAAAUUAAGGGGGGUCUUUUUAGCUGGUCCACUCUCAGUCUGAAACAUAAGUUGAAGGGUAACAAGGAUGGUUUGUUCUAGCUUUUUAAAGCUUACUUGGACGUGACCUAAUUGGAGGCCGGAAUGCAUGGAUUUGAGGCUCUGCCUGUGUCUUUUCAUACUUGGUUCUAGCUGGUAUUGUGCUGCUAGAGAAUUAGCUGUCCGUAACCUCCUUAUUACUGAAACUGAAGAUUUUUCGGGCUCUAUUGUACCAGCAUUGCAAAUAAAUAACCUAGAAGAACUGAGACAAGUUCAACCUCUGGAAGAAGUCAAUGGAAAUGAACAGUUGUGCACAUUGUGUGAAGUAUAUACUGCCAAGGCACUUGAUUACAUGGCUAAUAACAAGACCCAAAUAGAGAUCAUUGACCUUCUUCAUAAAUCCUGUUCAAAGAUGUUAUUUUACAAGGAGUGCGCCAUACUCGUGGAUUAUUAUGCUCCUAUCUUCUUCUUAGAGAUCAGCAAAAUGAGACCUGAAAACUUUUGCCAAAAGUUUGGCCUUUGUGAACAAGUGGUUAUCAUUUCUCAGGUGCUUUCUGGAAAGAGCUGCGAUUUAUGCCACCAAGUAGUUACAGAGGCCGAAUCGAAAUUGAAAGAUCCUGACACUCAGUUAGAGAUACUUGAGCUGCUCUUGAAGGCAUGUGGAGCUAUCAAACCUUAUGCUAAAAAGUGCAAGAAACUGGUGUUUGAAUUCGCACCAGUGAUUCUCGUAAAUGCUGAACAGUUUCUGGAACAAAAUGACAUAUGUGCUAUUCUUCACGCUUGCGAGCGUGCAGUAGAUAAAGAGCAACCAUCACCAAGGAAGCAAACUUCAUUGCAUUCUGUGUCUUGAGGAGAUAAUGGUGGUAUUCAGACUAGGUUGGGAACAUAUUGUUGUGUAUGUAAACAAUUAAACACCAUCAUAAAAGUUUCUGAAAUGUUGUGUAUAAAUAUAGUUUAAUAGGUUGAAUUCCAAACUUCAUUUAUUAUUAUGAACACAGUUAUUUAUGCAAGGGCAAAUAUAUUAAAUGUUA